UGCCAAGCCGUUCUCGGUUCCGCUGCGAGUCCCUGCUAAAGGUGUCUUAUCUGCUGUACUGUGGACUUUAUUGUGAGAUUACAUCCUAGAAUGUCAAGGGCUUUAUAUACCUGUGCGCAUGAAUUCCGUUGUUAACUAAAUGACAGGAGCUGUAGUUCAAGUGUCAGUUUCUUGUUGAUGUCUACACGGACAACAAAAGCCAGCAAGCAAGCCAUAGGCUACAUAAUAGUGACCUAGAACCAAACCACCAAAGCAGGCUUCUAGUUUUCGUUGUUUACCGGCUUUUGUCUGUUGUGCCCAAACUAUGGCUAUAUCUAAAUCAAAAGUUGCAGUAGGUCUUUUUAUUGCAGGAGCUCUUACAGUGAUUUUUGGGAUCAUUCUUGUAUUUGUCGGACCGAUUAUUAUUGAUGACCAAAUUGUCAAGAAUGUGGAGAUCAACCCUGCGAAUGACCUGUCCUACACCAUGUGGAAGGACAUCCCUGUACCGUUCUUUAUGUCUGUGUACUUUUUCAACGUACUGAACCCUCAAGAAAUCUUGGCCGGCGAGAAGCCUAAUUUGGAACAGAGAGGACCAUAUGUUUACAGUCAGAAGAGAUGGAAGGACAACAUCACCUUCCAUGCCAACAACACGGUGUCCUACCGCGAGUACCGGCAGUACUUCUUCGAGAGGGACAUGUCUGUGGGAGACGAGUCGGACGUUGUCACCAUCCCCAACAUGCUGGUGCUGGGAGCAGCGAUCAUGAUGGAGGACAAGCCCUAUCCUGUGCGCUUGAUGAUCAGCGCCUCGUUCAAGGCCUUCAAGGAGACGGCGUUUCUCACCAAGCCCGUGGGGGAGCUGAUGUGGGGUUACGACAGCAAGCUGGUGGACUUCCUCAACAACUACUUCCCCGGCAUGCUGCCCCCGGGCAAGUUUGGCCUCUUCUCUACGUUCAACAACUCCAAUUCAGGCCUGUUCACAGUGUUUACUGGACAGGACGAUAUCCGCAAGGUGCACCAAGUUGACUCCUGGAACGGUUUGAAAAAGGUGAACUACUGGCAGUCAGAAGAGUGUAACAUGAUUAACGGCACAGCUGGCCAGAUGUGGCCUCCGUUCAUGACGAGGGAGUCCACACUGCCUUUUUACAGCCCAGAUGCCUGCAGGUCAAUGGAGCUGGUCUACCAGAAGCCAGGGAUGGUAGGCGGGGUUCCUGUGUUUCGCUUCGUGGCUCCCACAACCCUAUUCGCCAACGGGAGUGACUAUCCCCCCAACGAGGGCUUCUGCCCCUGCAGGCAGUCGGGUCUCCUCAACGUCAGCAGCUGUAGACAAAACUCUCCAGUGUUCAUCUCACAGCCGCACUUCUUCAACGCCGACCCGUCCCUGCUGAGCACAGUGUUUGGCCUCAGUCCCAACGAGGAUGACCACGGCCUCUUCAUCGACGUCCAUCCCGAGACUGGAGUACCCAUGAAUGUGUCUGUCAGACUGCAACUCAAUAUACUGAUGAAGGCGGUGUCUGGAAUCACUGAGACAGGCAAGAUCUCAGAGGUGGUGAUGCCGAUGAUCUGGUUCGGAGAGAGUGGCUACAUUGACGGACCGGUUCUGAAAACGUUCCACACCAACCUGGUGGUUCUGCCCACCAUGAUGGUAUACAUGCAGUACAUCUUCAUUGGUCUGGGCCUAGCCACCAUUCUAGGGGCCAUCUUCCUCAAGACGCGGGACAAGCCUGUGAACACUUCAAUGGCCAACUUGACGGACAACCUAAAAGACCCCAAAGGCAACUCGAAUGGCGAUGAAAGGCAGGCGGGCUUAUAUGUCAUAAGCAAUGCAGACAAGGCUCUGUAAGAAGAGCUCGGGGCUCUGCGCGCACGACGAGACGGACUCCCCAGUGAGCGAGCGCAGCCCUCUUAUUCAGAGCUGAUGGAGGAGUGUGCUCCACUCUUCCUCCAACACUACUCUUCACUCCCUCUCUCUCUCUUUCUUCCUUUCUUUUUUCUUUCUCUCUAUCAGUCUGUCCUUUCCCUUCUUAAAAUGUCCAUAUUUCCUUAUCUCUGUUUACCCCUCUUACUCUCCCUCUCCUCUCUCUAUCUUUCUCUCUCUCUCUCUCUUUUGGAGACGCACUCCUCUUCCUCCGACUCUCUGCACUUUGCUUCAGUUUUAUGAUCUUAGUCAGCGCCAUCUGCAGUCACCUGUCAGCACAAAGCUGAGUGAGUGUGUUCGACCCUUCUCCUCUACGGCCACGAGCACAGUGGACACAUGCAGACUCUGCUGGGGAUCUGCAACCCCCCCCCCCCCCCCCCACACACACACACACACACACACACCCACACACACACACACACACAUACACACAUACACACACAUACACACACACACACUCUCAUGGACAGAUUCAGUGUUACUGCCCAGAGUGACUCGAGUUGGACUGAGUUGCCAUCGUGGCUUUUAUCCACACUUCCGAAACGUUUUGUAUCUUCAGUGGCAAUCAUGAACUUUUAGCCCUGGUUCCUGGCGGUUCUGAGUGAAGAAAGGUUCUAGAACGUUUGUGAUCCUGAGGGUAAACCUGAUCCGGGACCGAGAUCUGCUCCAGAUGUUCGGUGGGAUUUCUAUUUUUCUUUUUUUUUUUUUUUUUUUUUGCCUUCACCAUCGAUGUGGAGGUCUUCAGCACCCUUCAUUCACACACCAAAGAACUGUUUACUAAGAUGACACUCCGCCAGCAUCUCUAGACUGCCUCACUGUUUACAGAAAAGAAUCCUAACAAAAAAGGAGAUUAAAAUGUACAUGUGCCUUAAAUGACUGUAUAUACUGUAUUGUUUGGAAGAAUGUGCACUUAUUGAUAAUCAGAGAUGUUUUGAAUAGUAUUUUAAACUGGACUUUUUGUUGUUCAAUUUUGUAAUGGCAUGUCUGAUUUUGAGGUGUGAUUACGAUAGUUUUGAUGCUAUAAAGAGAGAAAGGUCCUCCUCCAUUAGUUGUUGAAGAACUAUGAAACUAACUGAAUGGACUUUCAUGAACUGGAUAAAAACAAAACAAGUGAUGAUGUAACCUGAAAGAAAUGUUAUGGAUUUGAUAAUGUGUCAAAUUAAUUCUCAUGUUAUAAAAUUUCUGUGAACUA